AUAAGUUUUUGUUGUUUUAAUUGAUUUUAGUCGUUUUGUUUAAAAAUAUGAUUAUUUCAAAUGUCGAGUAGUUUAUGUGGAAAGAGUAAUUCACGACUCGAAGAAAUUACGUGUGGUUCAUAAAUCUUAAUAUUAUGUCCUGUUCGAUGAAAGAAAAAAAUUGCAGUUCUGUCAUUCCAGAAACAUACUCCAAGUUAAUCUGGAUUUUUUAAUUAACCUUAUACUUAGUUUACAUUGCAUGAUAUGUUGUUAUAAUUAAAAUUUAUUAAGUUUAUAUAGUGUUAUACAUAAACAUAUUAAUAAUAGUUAUAUAUAAAUAAAUUGGAAUUAUUUGAGAUUUUAUUUAGAAUACAAAGAAGUUUUAUCAAAGCCAGACUUCUUAGUUCGACAGAAGGCUCCUAUUCUCAAAAGCAUUCAUAAAUUUAAUGAAGCAUAAAAGAAGAACAGCUCUGUGAACCGUGAAGCAUUCAUCGCUUGGAAAAAUCAAGCGACGAUCAUCCAUGUCAACAAUCGUUCAAUCAAAGAAGACAAACGUUUCUUCAUUCUGUUUGCUAUUCGAACAAUCUUCGGGCAGCAGCAUGACUCUGCUCGGACGAUUCCGCGUUAGGCCAUCGACGAGCUUGCUUUCGUCGUCCGUGGUAACAAUUAACAGCUAGUCUUUGUUCGUAGUCGUGCUUAGAAGAUUAUCUUGAGCCACUCCUUCAGACAAUUUUACUAUCCAACGAGGUCCAAAGUGAUCUAUACAAAUAAAAAUUUUUUUAUUUUAAUUGGAAUUUUCAACAUCUUUUCUAAAAUAUCUAUUUGCAAUAUCUACAAAAAUCAUUGAUAUACUCACUUCGAACAUAUUCUGUGUAAGGAGCAGGUAGUCGGCUCGAAGUUCAUUUCCAUAAGAAUCGUGCUGUUCCGAGAUUUCGUUCGGCAUACAAGCCGUAGACGCGUCCAAUAGCGACGGAGGAACGGUAGGAAAACAAAAAAUACUGACGACGGUGCCUCCUAAUAAGCUGGCCACCGUAUGACUAAACCAGUCGAUCGCCUUUCGUUGAGAUGCUCGUUUCAACGUUAAAAUAUCCGACAAGAUCGAACUAUUUUGAAUGUCAUUAAGUGCUCCAAUAUAUCAAUUUUUUUUGGGGUAGUAAUACUUCUUUUCAUUUUCUUAUUUUCCUCUUCGAAAUCCAAAAAAUAUUUUUUUUAAAUCAUGAAUUACGGAUAUAAUUCUAACGUGCUCACUGUCUCCCUGGAAUCCUCGAUAACUUCAAGAAGUAAAAUUGACAAUGGGCUCGUCGAAAGAGGGGCGGAAUCAUCCAAAAGCGGUACCCAAACGAAGAUCGACAACGUGGAGGAGAACGAUAAUGAGCCAAGACGGAACUAGACGAAUCCCGGAAGAGAGUGAAUGGGAGAGGUGACGUAUCGUUCAGCGAUGCGCAAGAGACGUGGCCUGGCCAGUGCCGUUCUGGGCCUGACAGUGGGUCUCGUGUGUGGCCUUCUGAUCGGUGGUUAUCGGAUACUCGUGUCAAACAACCUUCAGCGAUCUGGUUGGCCAUCAUCCUCAUCAUUCUCGACAGUUUCUCCUACACUGAGCAGUUUGAUACUAGAACCGACGGUACGAAAUAUGCCAAAAUUGUCGGAUGAUGAACGUAUUAACAGUUCUUCCGAUAGUCUGGUCUUUGUCGGUGUUAUGACAGCAAAGAAAUAUCUCGAAACGAGAGCUAAAGCAGUUUACGAGACUUGGGGUAAAGAAUUACCAGGUAAAAUAGCCUUUUUCUCGUCGGAAAGUUCAAUCGUGCCAGGAAAUUGUCCUGAUCUACCAUUGGUACCGCUUUCCCGAGUCGACGAUAGUUAUCCACCACAGAAGAAAUCCUUCAUGAUGCUGCAAUACAUGUGGAACCAUUAUGGCGACCGGUUCGAAUGGUUUUUCAGGGCGGACGAUGACGUUUAUGUUAGAACCGAUCGUUUAGAGAGUUUUCUUAGGUCCAUCGAUUCAAGGAAACCUAUGUAUAUUGGACAAGCUGGUAGAGGUAAUUCCGAGGAGUUUGGAUUAUUAUCUCUUGAAUAUGAUGAAAACUUUUGCAUGGGUGGCCCCGGUGUUAUUCUUUCGAAAGAAACGCUUAGAAGAAUAGUUCCUCAUAUCAAGUAUUGCUUACAACAUCUUUACACCACCCACGAGGACGUCGAGUUGGGUAGAUGUGUUCAAAAGUAUGCUGGGAUUCCUUGCACUUGGAGCUAUGAGAUGCAAUCAAUCCUUUAUCAUAAUAGCAGUGGAGAUCAGGCGUUUACGGGUAAUCUCAAGAGAAAGGAAGUACAUCGUGCCAUUACUUUACAUCCUAUAAAAACUUCUCCAUACAUGUACAGACUUCAUAAUUAUAUGAGGGGACUAAAAGUACAAGACUUGCAACAAGAAAAAAUUAAGUUGCAAAGAGAUAUCUAUACGAUGACAAAAGAAUUGAGCAUAAAUCUCGAUCACUUGAGAAAUUACCAAUUGGCUGAUGCUGUAUCGCUCUUCCCUGUCAACCCUUAUUCCGAGAAUUAUCCUGGCGACACGGAAAUAUUAGGUGUUCCCCUUGGAAUUCGUACCUUUAAACCAACUAUAAGCGACGAAGUCAUCGCUUGGGAUUUCAUUUCAAAGUCGGAAUAUAGUUUGAGCGAUUUCAAUCCUAGAAGACGAAUCCACAGUGACAUUAAAGAGGGUUUGGAGGAUAUUACUAGGGAAGUAAUGGCUUCUAUAAAUGCCUGCUCGAGACAACGUGGUCGGGUAGUCGACGAACGAUCUGCUCUUUAUGGUUACAGAAGAGUGAACUCCUAUGGCGCUGACACAAUUUUAGAUCUACUUUUGGUCUAUCGUAAAUAUAGAGGCAAAAAAGUCACUUUGCCAGUUAGAAGACAUAUUUAUCUUCAUCAACAUUUUACCGGAUUAGAAAUACGAGAAGUGAUAAAUGAUGAAGGAUUUAAGAAAGAUGAUCAAGAAAAUGAAGAAAGAUCUGUACAAAAUCUUUUACAUAGGAAAUUCCUGGAUUUAAAUUUCAAAUUUCGUAAAAAUGUGAAUACUAUACAAGAAAAAAUCAUACAUUUCAUAUUACCCUUGUCCGGACGAUACGAAGUAUUUCAAAGAUUUUUACAAAAUUACGAAGAAGUGUGCUUAACGACUGGUGAAAAAACAGAAUUAUUGGUAGUAUUAUAUCAACAUAAAAUAGAGGACUCUUUGAACAAAACGAUAGAUUUAAUUGAACAAUUGAAGUACAAAUAUCGCAGUGCUAGUAUUGACGUAAUUUUAGGUUCUGGAGAAUUUGCAAGGGCUAAUGCUCUUCACGAAGGAGUUACUAAAAUGAAAGACGAAGAUUUAUUAUUCUUCAUUGACGUAGAUAUCGUUUUUACAAGUUCUGCUCUAUAUCGUAUACGAUUAAAUACAUUAAUGAAUAGGCAAAUUUAUUUUCCUAUAGUUUUUAGUGAAUACGAUCCAAAGAUCGUUUAUGAAAGUUCAAAGAAACAUGACAAAUAUGUUAUUACGGAAAUUGCUGGUUAUUGGAGGCAAUUUGGUUUUGGAAUUGUAUCAUUAUAUAAAAAAGACUAUGAUGUCGUUGGUGGGUUCGAUUUAUCGAUUCGAGGUUGGGGUAAAGAAGAUGUAGUAUUUUUUGAGAAGGUCGUUAAGUCAAAGAUAAAAGUUUUUAGAGCAGCUGAUAGAAAUUUGAUUCAUGUGUUCCAUGAUGUCGAGUGUGGUAAAGAACUCUCUGAUACGCAAUUAUCAAUGUGUAUGGGUACUAAGGCUGACACUUAUGCAGGACUUGAAACACUCGCUAAAAUUAUUUAUGAAAAUCCUGAAUACUUAAAAUUUGCCAAGGAAAGACGAUUAAAAUUAACGAAGGCUAGAUCUUGAUACUAAUAAGCCAAAAAUUACAAAAACGAAUAAUAUAUAUAAAAAUAAUUUAUAUAUAUAUUAUUUCAAGAUAAUGUGUUCUAUUCACUGUUUUAAGUGUACAUACACAUUAAUUUAGUUUUUUCUUUUUUUUUAAUUUAUUAUUUACGCCAAAUAUUUUACAUUUUAUUAUACAUUUACAUGUAAAUGCCAUUAUUAUGCGUAAUAUAUAAUUUUCAAAGUUAUUUUUAUACGUAUAUGUAAAAAAAACAGUAAAAUUUUACCAUACCAUUAGAUCAUAAUAUUUGUUACAAACAUAAAUUAAUACAAGUAUCAUCAAAGAAAGGAACUAUAAAAUAAUCAUAAUUUGACAAUAAAUAAAUAGUGAUGUUCCAUCCAUAGAACUCUUAUAGAGAUCUUACAUUUAUAGAUGUACAUGAACUAUGAAGAAAUACAAAAUUACAAAGACAAUAUGUAUGAUGAUAAUACUCAUGACUAAUAAUAAGUGCACCUGAAUGUGCGAUCGCUUUACAAAUGCAUUCAUUAUCUCAACAAAUAAUUGUGAUAUUAUUGUGCUUUUAUUUAAUUAUAGUGUCCCAAAUUAUUAUUAUCAUAUAAGUAGUAUAUACUACAUAAUAUUAUUAUGAUACUAUAUAAUAAUAUAUUUUCUAUGUUAAUAUACAUUAUGUUAUCAAAUCGCUAUACUGAAAAAUAAAUACAUAAAUAUUUUAAGUAAAUCUAUGUUAAAUAGAUUUAUACAAAUGAAAAUGUAUUUUUUAUACGACAUAGGAUUGUCUCUCCGCUCUUAUGUUUCAUAUUUUCCAUAAUUUAUUUUAAAAACUUGACAACAAAAGCACAUGAGUUGCUUUAUAUCCUGUUAUUAAAUGUCAUACUUUAACACCAUUUAUAAUUCAUAAUAUUUUUUCGCAUUCAGUACUUU